AUGGACAACUUCCACUAUCCUCUGAGUGCAGAGCAGCUGCAAAGCUUCCAGGAGAAUGGAUAUCUGGUGGUGCGCGGUUUCUUCAACCCGCAAGAGUCCAAGGUACUUCAGCAAUGGUCACAAGAGGUGCAUGAUCUGCCCCAGACCCCGGGAGUGCCAUGGAUGCCGUAUGAGGAGGUGAAUGGCCAGGGUGAACGGGUCUUGUGUCGCACGGAGAACUUCGCCAACUCCCACGCGGGCUUCGACAGCUUCCUACGAGGACAGAGGGCCACCAGUGUUUUGCAUCAACUGGCCGGAGAGGAGAUGCUGUUGUUCAAGGAGAAGAUCAACUACAAGCUUGCCGGCAGCGGUGGUUUCGACCCUCACAUUGAUGCAAAUGCCUACACUCAUGUCAAGAACAUCAAGCAUCUGACCAUUCUGGCAGCUGUGGAUGACAUGAACGCCACCAACGGUGGUCUGGAAGUUGUCAACGGGAGUCACCGUAUGGAGGUGCCUCUAGGUACCGAUCGCUGCAUCGAGCCCUCCUGGGUCGAAGGUCACACCUGGACUGCAUGCGACCUACAGCCAGGUGAUAUCCUUGUCUUUGGAUCAUACCUAGCCCACCGCAGCGGAGCCAACACCAGCUCCAAGGAUCGCCGUGCCAUCUACGCAACAUACAACUGCGCCGCAGAGGGCGAUUUGCACGACGAGUACUAUACUGAUCGCCAAAAGCUGUGGCCUGCAACUCACAUGCGGAAGGAAGGCGAGUCGUAUGAGGAAGGACGAAAUCGCUAUGCUUUCGGCACUCCCAUGCUCACUGUGGGUGGAAAUUCAACCCCCUCUGUUACAGUUUAG